CGGCCCGCGGAUCGCCCGGCCGCCUCUCCCCCUCCCCUAGGCUGGGUGCCGGGGCGGGCUGGUCUGGCGCAGGUUGGUGCGCUCCUCCCGCCCGAAGGCCCGGCAGCGGCGGCGGAGGCGGCAGGCGGACGGCGGACGGCGUCGCCCUGGGCCGAGCCGAGGGUGCUGCGGUACUGCGAGUGGCGGAAAGCAACCAGGAGCUGAGUUUGGAGUGGCAGCUGCCUGAGUUCAUGCGUUUUGCCACUUUAGUGGCACCAAUCCGCUUGGCCAAACUUAGUUAUGAAAAAGAGCAGAGACAGAAGCUGCUGAAGCACCUACGAGGUGAAGAUACGUGGAUGCUUGCUGAUGUGAAUGAACGUGUGGAACAACUGGAGAAGGAACAUUCUGUGCAGAAAAAGAAAAAAAAGGAUAAGCAUUCGAAAAAGUCAAAGAAAAAAGAAAAGAAGAAAAAUAAGAAACAAAAAUCUGAAGAGAAGGAUGACUUACAUGAUAGUUCUUCGGAUUCUUCAGUUGAAUGGGUUGAGUCAAAUGUGUCACAGUCAGAUAACACAGAAAAGGCUUGGAAGGUCAACAAGCAGUCAGAUGCUGAGAAGGAACCCUCCAUGCAGAGAGAAGAAUGGAUGAAUUUAGACUUCAUGUCAUUGAAAACCACGUCAGUAGCAGCUGUCAAAGGUGAGAGACACAAAGAAAAAAUAGUGGAACGACAGAAAGCUCAAGAACUUGAGCAGGCCAUGCUGUCUGAGAGAGAGCUCAAUCCUUAUUGGAAAGACGGUGGUACAGGUUUACCACCAGAGAAGGAUGAAGCAGCUCUUGUUAAGAAAGUUACAGUGGUAGAAGAUGCUGGAUUAAGUUGGUUACGAAAAUCAUACCAAAGGAUGAAGGAACAGGCUGAGAGAGAGAAACGAAAUUUUGAGGAGAUUGUAGCUGAGAGAUACGGGUCAAUGGAGAUAUUUCAGUCACGAUUAGAAGAAGCCGAAAAAGUUGCAUCCAGAAAGGAAAAUUGUUAUAGAAGUAGAAGCUGGAAGAAAACUGACUAUUCAGAAAGUGAGAAAGAGAAGAAGGAACAGCGUAUGAAAAAGGAGACACGAGAUAAAGAUGACAGAAACCGGAGCAUGUUUGGGAGCUGUACUGGAGAGAAGUAUGAUAAGGGAUGGGCACAAGGAGAGAAAGGUUACAAAAGAGAUAAGUCAAGAGAAGACGAAGAAUGUGGACACAGUAGCACAGAUUCUGUAUUAAGAGGCUACAGCUCCAAAGCAGAAAAAGACUCCAAUGAAAAACGAAGUCAGGAAAAGAGUUCAUCUCUUAGCAACGUGAAACACAAAUUUUUGAAACCUUCUGAAGAUGAUUUUUCGUUUUACAAUGUAUCUAGAGACUACAAGUCACAGCAGCCCUCUUCUAAACUGCCGGUUCAUAGCUCUUUGAGCAACCGUUUCCAAAAACCUAAUGAGGAUACUGCACUGCAGACCAAAACACACAGAGAAGAUAACAAUGAGAAAUUAAUGUCUGAUCAAAAAUCAGGUAAUAGGGAACAAAUUGAUGACAACAGCUGGGAAAGAACUCCAAGUGGUGAAAAAGAGAAGUCACAACAGGAGUACCUGAAUGAUAUGCCUGAGAAGAAGCAAACAUUAUCUGAUAGUAAAACAUUGAGUUCUAGAUCUUCAUCAAAGGAUGAGCCACCACGAGUUCUUAGCGAAGAGGAGAUGAACAGACUGGGAGCAAGGAUUGUGAAAGCAGAACUCAUGGGAGACAUGGACUUGGCUUCAAAACUUCAAACAGAACUUGAGAACGCUCGCAAAUUGAGAGAGACUCAAGGGCAGAUUUCAGCAACGUCUGGCAGAGAGACAUCAAGCCGUCAGGAUGAUGAGCAAGUGGUCCUUGUCAGAACAGACCAAAGUGGUAGGGCAUGGCCUGUUACUGCACCAACUGAACCACAGGAGCCAAAAGGAGGACGGAGAAAGCGACAGAUGUUUCCUACUCAUAUAGAUAAAGAAAGAGUAAGAUAUUUUGAAGAUGAUGAUAGCAUGAACCUGAAGGAUUUGGUCAAAAAUGAGAAGAUGAGAACAGCUGAGGAUCAAAACUCACUGUUCAUGCGUAUGGCAUCAAAGCUCAGGGAAAAAACUGAUAGAGAGUACUACACUCUGGAUGACAUGUUUGUUUCCAAAGCAGCCAAAAAAGCACGCAGUGGGGAAGAGGAAGAAAUGCAAAGAAGAAAAGCAAUACAUGAGCACCAGCAGCUUGCUGCACGCAUGGAAAAGUGCCCAUACUGCUUUGAUAGCAAUGAACUUUCUAAACAUCUUAUUAUUGCAAUAGGCACCAAGGUAUACUUGUCUCUACCAAGCAACCAGUCCCUUACUGAAGGUCACUGCCUGAUAGCUCCUCUACAGCACCAUACUGCGGCCACCCUUUUGGAUGAAGACAUCUGGGAAGAAAUCCAGAUGUUUCGAAAAGUGUUGGUGGAAAUGUUUGAAGCUAAAGACUUAGACUGUGUGUUCCUCGAAACAAACAUGAGUGUAAAGAAGCGGUAUCACAUGGUAUAUGAAUGCAUUCCUCUUCCAAAGGAAGUGGGAGAUAUGGCUCCAAUCUACUUUAAGAAAGCUAUAAUGGAGUCUGAUGAAGAAUGGUCCGUGAACAAGAAGUUAAUUGACCUUUCUUCAAAAGAUGUUCGGAAAUCUGUUCCUAAAGGAUUGCCAUACUUUUCUGUGGACUUUGGCCUUCAAGGUGGAUUUGCUCACGUCAUUGAAGAUCAACACAAGUUCCCUCAUUACUUUGGAAAGGAAAUCAUUGGUGGCAUGCUGGAUUUGGAACCACGGCUCUGGAGAAAAGGAGUCAGACAGAACUUUGAGGAACAGAGGAAGAAGGUGUUGCAGUUUGCACAGUGGUGGAAACCAUACGACUUUACCAGAAAGAAAGAAUGAGAACAUCUCUGCAGCCAAGGACUACAUAAGCCAUAAGUUAUAAUAAAAGACAUUUCAUAUGUUCAGAAUAACACCGGUGUGUUGUGUGUUGCUAAUAUAACAAAGGAUAUUGUUUAAUACUGAUUAGUUGUUUCUGCUUUGGAUACUGUGGAUCACAUGAACCUGCAAGCCUGACAAACCAGAAGUGUACAAUAGGUUUUGUUUGUAGCUGAGACAAGAGAAUAAUAUCCAUAUGGCCACUGGAGUUCUUAAAAAUGUAGCUUCUGCUUUUGGAGUUUUUAUAAUCUGAGGGAACUGGACUUUUUGUACUGUGUGUAGCAUAAAACCAGUGUUAAUUAUCAUGGUGACUUUUUGUAGAAAAUUAUGUACAUUUUAAGAAUGUUUUGAUUUUUACAAAUACAUUGAUUGUUGCAGAAGGAAGCUGCACAGACAAUAAUUUUCUGACUUUGAGUCCUUGUGUUCUUUCAGUUGACAUCUUUGCAGUACUGCUGCAGUAAAGCUACCGCCCCACUGCACAAGAAUUAAUGCAACUUUUUAUACUUCCUUUCAGUAUGAUGUAGUAUUUUUCAAGCUGAUCUGUUGCACAAAGGAUGAUGAAAGAAUCUAUAGAUGGUUGCAAAUGACAGCUUCAAUGAUAAUGGUUACUUCUGAUGACAAUAAAAAGCAAAAAAGAGAGGGGGAAGAAGAAGCUCAAGGGAAACCCCUCCACUAUCCAGCAAAGAAGAAAAUCAUCACAGGGAUCUCCCAAGGUGACUCUUCUCCCCUGGGCAUCCCCUCUAGUGUUGCAGUGGUCUGCCAUAAGACUCUUCCAGUAAUAGCUCUAUAGUUUUCAUCGAUUACCUGCUCAAACUCCCUGCUGAUUGUUCCUGCUUGGUUUAGUGCUGAUUGGAGUACACAGAUCAGAAUGAAGAGUUGCACAUUAAUUGAUUGUUCAGCUUUGUGCAUGGAUGUCAUUGGGAACUGCCUGUCUGCUCUUUAAAGGACUACUGUCUA